UCUGGUUCAAGCUGUAGCCUGGGAUUAAUCAAGUGCCGUUAACUUGAAACCUGCAAGAGGAGGAGGGAAGCAGGAGAGAGUUUGCAUGUGUGUGAGAAAGAACAGUUUGGGAACAUUCAGGACGGGAGGCUUUGAAAGGUACAUUUCUCCAUGGAGUUUGUCAAUUUAAGGUCAGAAGUUACAAAGCUGCUUCACGCUUAAGCAAGAAGAAACCUCCUCCGUCCGCCAGAACAAUGAUGUGUGCUGCUUUUAUUCUUCCUGGAGUCUGAGGAGUUUUCCUCUCCAGCCCUGGCAGCAGUCUUGUGGAGGAUGCCUGUGCUGGAGAGGUUUUUCAGCCUGUCAGACAUGGGAAGGCGUUGGGGGGUUGAGGAAGACCUGGUGCCCUUGUCCCCAGGCAACCGCCCUGCCUGUCAUCGGGGGACCCUGGCUUGGGAGUUGCCCAAGAUGUUCAGGAUGGUGAAGCUCAUUUGGAAAUCCAAAAGUGAGCUCCAAGAGACAAAGCAGAGGAGCCUUCUGGAAAGUGGCAGCAGUCCAAAUAUUUUACCAGGAGAUGCACGGCUGAGAGGUCAGACUGGGGUUCUUUCUGAGCGACGUGGUUCCUACCCGUUUAUAGACUUCCGUCUUCUCAACAAUACCAUUUACUCAGGGGAAAUUGGAACAAAGAAAAAGCUAAAAAGACUGUUAAGUUUUCAGAGAUAUUUCCAUGCAUCCAGGCUGCUGCGUGGAAUCGUACCACAAACCUCACUGUAUUUGCUGGAUGAAGACUACCUUGGUCAAGCAAGACACAUGUUGUCUAAAGUGGGAUUGUGGGAUUUUGACAUUUUCCUAUUUGACCGCUUGACAAAUGGAAACAGCCUGGUAACUUUACUGUGCCACCUCUUCAAUGUACAUGGGCUUAUCCACCAUUUCCAAUUAGACAUGGUUACGUUACACAGGUUCUUAGUUAUGGUGCAAGAAGAUUAUCAUAGCCAAAAUCCAUACCACAAUGCUGUCCACGCUGCUGAUGUUACCCAAGCCAUGCACUGCUACCUUAAGGAGCCCAAGCUAGCUAACUUCCUCACUCCUCUGGACAUUAUGCUUGGACUACUGGCUGCUGCAGCUCAUGAUGUAGAUCAUCCAGGAGUCAACCAGCCAUUUUUGAUAAACACCAAACACUACCUUGCCAAUUUAUACCAGAAUGUCUCCGUACUAGAAAACCAUCACUGGAGGUCUACAAUAGGCAUGCUCCGGGAAUCAAGGCUGCUUGCACAUUUGCCAAAGGAAGAGAGGCAAGAUAUUGAACAACAGCUGGGCUCCCUGAUCUUGGCGACAGACAUCAACAGGCAGAAUGAAUUUCUGACCCGGUUGAAAACUCAUCUCAAAAAUCAGGAUUUGAAAUUAGAGGAUGCUCCAGACAGGCACUUUAUGCUUCAGAUUGCGUUGAAGUGUGCAGACAUCUGCAAUCCUUGCCGGCUUUGGGAAAUGAGUAAACAGUGGGGUGAACGGGUUUGUGAGGAAUUCUACAGGCAAGGUGACCUGGAGCAGAAAUUCGACAUGGAAAUAAGCCCUCUUUGUAAUCAGCAGAAAGAUACAAUACCUAGUAUACAAAUUGGCUUCAUGACCUACAUUGUGGAACCACUCUUUGAAGAAUGGGCCAACUUUACUGGGAACACUCCCUUAUCUGAAAACAUGUUAAACCAUCUGAGAAGGAACAAGACCAAGUGGCGGAAUUUGCUUCAUAAGCAACAUAGUAGCAGCAGCAGAAGCACUGACCACUCAGUUCAAAAGACUGAACAUGAAGAACAGACAUUAAAUGAAGGAGGAACCCUGUAGUACUGGGCAGCUCUGCUCUCUAUACUGCUGUGCAAUUGUAGCUUUCACAACAGUGAAUAAAAUCUUAAGGGUCUGUUGGACCAUUGCAGAAAAGCAAGGGGGAAAGCUGAAGCUACAUGUGUCCUGAGUAGAACCUGUGUCCUAAAGCUCCGUCAGAUCUCACUUCCUCAUCUUAUUCGAAGCCAUUCAUCACUUCUCAUCACAAAAUGCUUGAAUGAGAAGCUUCUUUUGGUCAUGCUGAAGCUGGCUUGGUGAGUCGGUGCCAACUAACAGGAAGAUUCAAGGGCACAGCCCAAAGCAGUACAUUCUUGGUGAUCAUUUCCAUUCACUUUGGGUAAUACUAUGACAUAUGUUUCUCAACAAAAGGCUUGGAGCAAUGUACAGUCUUCAGUCCGGCAGCUGGACUGCACAUUCAAAACCAUCACCAGCACUGUCAGAACUCAGAAGGCAUCUGGCUACACAAGAGAAAAAUAUAUAUCUCAUUUUAAAUAAACAGCCGUUUUUAAAUUUUUUGUAUUUGGUGCAUUGCAAAAGGAAUCUUUGAAGACCUUGAAGUAAGGUUAUUCUGUGUACACAAAGCUUUUCCAUCAUGGUGCCCAUUAAUCAUUUUAUGCCACUUUAGAUUUCAAAAAACCCUGACACUCUUCUCACUGCAAGAACAGUAUUUCUUAUCAAAUCAAAAGGGAAGAGUUGUAUAGUUUAAAUGUUUCCAGAUGUCUCUUUUGAUGACUGUAUCCGUGACCUGUUUAUAUUCGCACAUGUAAUGUCUCCUGUAUAUAUAAAGUGCUACUGAUUCCCAUAUCAAAAUACCCAAGUAUUAUGGGAAAGCUACCUGUAUAAACAAUGGCACUGUGAACAAAAUACUGUUAGUUUUAGUAUGGAAGCAUUUGUAAGUAUGUUAUAGUCUAUUAAUACACUCUUGUUUGCAGAUAAAGGCCUUAACUCUAGCAUCCUUAACUUUCCGUUGGCUACUAAGAGUCUUACCAAUUCAUCAUAGUCUGUUUUCAUUUGUCCAGCCAAGGGUCACAUGGAAGUUAUAGCCACCAAAUUAUUUUAUUUUCUUUAAAAGUUCAUAUGAACCCAUAGUUCUACAGAUUAAAACAGAUGCAGCUCAAACCAGCUCUUGCCAUCCCCCAAUUCAAGUAGAUGUAUUCAAAAAAUUCACAAGAUCUUACUUUAUAUUGAAAAACCACAGCAAACAGAAGCCAAAUCAAAUUUGGAGGCUGAUCCCAAGUUAAAUAUUGGGUUGUUCUAUGCCAAAUCAAUAAAUGAGAGUUAUACCAUA